CCUGAUGAUGACGAUGAGACUUGUUGGAACAACCUGGAGAAUUUUCGGGUGAAGCUGAUUUCAGUGAUAGACCCUUCCAAGAUAACGCCAUACCUCCGGCAGUGCAGAGUCAUAAAUCAUGACGAUGAAGAGCAAAUCCUCAAUGAUCCCAGUCUGGUAAUCAGGAAGAGGAAAACAGGUGUUCUCCUGGAUAUUCUUCAAAGGACCGGUCAGAAGGGUUUUGUGGCGUUCCUUGAGAGCCUGGAACUGUACUACCCUCAUCUUUAUAAGAAAAUAACCGGCAAUGAGCCCAGCAGGGUCUUCUCUAUGAUUAUAGACACUGCUGGAGAGUCCAGCCUGACUGAGCUGCUGAUGAAGGAGAUUACCAAGCUCCAAGGCACCCUCCGUGAAGAGAGACAGACUGUCCAGGAGCUCCAUGUGCUGCUCCACACAAAGGAUGACCUCAUCAAAGAGAUGCGGGUGAGGGACAGCGUCCUGCGCAAACACCAGGAAAGAGUGCACAAGAUGAAAGAGGAGAGGGACAACCUCAGCAAGGAGCUGAAGCAAUGCAAAGAUGAGAACUAUGAGCUGGCCAUGAGCUAUGCCAAGCAAAGUGAAGAGAAGAAUGUGGCCCUGAUGAAGAACCGAGACCUACAGCUGGAGAUUGACUGCCUGAGGCACAGCUUGUCGAAGGCUGAAGAUGACUGCAAACUGCAGCGGAAACACACCUUGAAGCUGAAGCAUGCCAUGGCGCAGCGGCCCAGCCACGAGGCCGUCUGGGAGAUCCAGAGGGAGAAGGACCUCCUCUUGGCCAAGAACAAGGAGCUGGAAAGCACACUGCAGGUCUCCAAGAAAAGCAGCUCCGAGAAAGAAAGUACUUCUGGCCAGGCUCUGGAGGCGGAGCGGGCACGGAUGUUGGGGGAGCACCAGAAGCUGGUCAAUGCCCUCUAUGACUUGCGGCAGAUGCUCCGGGGGACUGAGGAGAUGAGAGACAAACUCGUAGAGGAGAAGGAAAUGUUGGAGCUCAGGUGCGUGUCCCUGCAGAAUGAUAACCGGAUUUACCAGGAUCGUAUUGAAGCUGUCUUGAGACAGAUGGAAGAAGUGGCUGCGGAAAGGGAUCAGGCCCUCCUGACUCAAGAGGCGUUCCACAAGCAGUACUGCAAGAGUCUGGUAGACAAGGAUGUCUAUCGGAAGCAGAUCAGGGAGCUUGGGGAGAGGUGUGAUGAACUGCAGCUGCAGUUGUUUCAGAAAGAGGGGCAGCUGCUCAGUGCUGAAGCCAAAAUGAAAAGGUUGCAUCUUGAUCCUUCGACACUGACUUCAGACCUUGAAGAAACCUCGUCCCGAAGCUCCCAAGAAAUUACUCCUUGUGGAAAUCCAGAGGACGAUCUGAAAGUCAUUGGCAAAAAAGAAACCUCGGCUUGUCAGGAGCAGCAUUUCAGCACACUAGGAGACAUUCAGCUUCUCAACUCUCCAAUGGGAGAGGACCCUCUUGAGCAGGAGCUGGCAGAGAAAGGGCGCAGGCGAAUGAAGGACAGCUUUGAGCACUACCGGAGAAAGAGGGCACUGAGAAGAGUGCCAAAAGGGAGGUACCAUGAAGUAGAUUGGGAGAACACGUCGGGCAGCGACAACACGGAUACCGAAGGCUCCUGACAGUAUCUACUACUUUGGGAACGAAAUGAGUCAUUUCAGAGAUCCUGUCUUGGACACAGCUCUGUCUUCCAAACUUCAAUCGUUUCAUUUUUCAGGCACAUGGUCUUUAUUUGGACCAAGUAGCAUUUCAAAUGUAGGAUGCAACCUUUUGAGUCGCACAGGAUUUCCUCAGGAUAUAUAUAAACAUAUUUUAGAGCAUGUAUCUGCCACCCAUUUCUCUUUCUGCAAACUUCUUUAUUUCUAAGAUAGACAGAAGGUAUUGGAAUAGACAUUUAGAGCCACUUUGUAUGUAUACACAGUAUAAAAUGCAUAAUUAUUGAAACAACCGUGUGUGUGUUUAGCCACACACACCCUGGCAGAGAGCUGGAAUCGGCUGAGGUUCAGACCGAAUAAUAGAUGCAUGUAAGUGUGUACAUUAAAAGUAUAGACAUGUAUACUCGGAGUACAUCGUUAAUUAAUUCACAUUAAAGCGGUGA